AUGGCGACGGCUCAUAACAUGUGCCCAGAGCUGAUUGUUGAAAUCUUCACAAGGUUACCGACGCAAUCCCUUCUCCGGUUUAGAUCAGUGUCGAAAUCAAUAUGUGGUAUGAUCGGCAGCCCAGAUUUCAUCCGAUUGCAUUCUGUUCGAUCCCCGAAGAAAUUCACGGUGAUACACCGGGUUAAUUACAAAGCAGAAGGAAUCACUAAAAGCAUGUAUACAAUAAAUUCGGCAGGGGAGGGGCAACUGUCAUACAUGGGCACAACACCAAUCGAGUAUCCUUUCGGACAUGUGAAUAUCGUUGGUUCAUGUAACGGGAUUCUUUGUGUUUAUGAAUCUGACAAAAGAAGUAUUCAUCUCUGGAACCCGUCAAUCAGGCGCAAAGCAACCGUGCUUUUUCCUCCGGUUUGGACUCCUGGCUUGGCCAUAGGGUUUGGUUUCGACCCAAGUAUCGACGAUUACAAGAUUUUGUGGACACGGUCCACACGGAGAGGAGGAGAGGUUUCGUUUGUUUACACCAUGAAGACACACACUUGGCGUGUGAUUGCUUCCCAUGCUGAUAUGGAUCGCCGGUCGUGA